GUUGCGAUUGGCCUGGUUAACACUGCUGAGGUUACGUAAGCAGUCCUUGCCGCCUCGUCGACAACGUUCCCAUCCUCGUCCUCAACGCCCUCGCUCUCCUCGUUUCCGUUUCGCCUCCCCCAUACCCCCGCCAUGUUCCGGCUCCCGACCCUCGUCUCUCUUUUUGCUCUUGCGGCUGCAAAGCUCGCCCAGGCUACGCCAUGCGUGUCAUUCGACGCCAACUUCAACCUUCUCGUGUUCGGUCUUGACGGAAAAGACUGGAAUGCAGGGACUCAGGAUUCUUGGUCAAGCGGUUCUGCUACCGACAUCACCACUUCCGGUCGUCCAUCAUUCGACGCACCCAACACUACCUGCUACCUCUCCCAGUACUACAACGCUGUCUACGUCAUGAACGGCGACUCCUCCGACAAGUCGGCAGUGUACAUCUACGACGCCGCCAAGAAGUCAUGGUCCACGCAGUCCGUCACGACCGGCAAGUUCGACCCCUCGAAUUUCGUCGCUGUCCUCGACCAUGACACCAACGUCUUCUAUGCCAUCUCGGGCACCGACCUCUAUUUCCUCAACAUGGGCUCGGAGACGACGGCCAACUCCUCCGCACUCUCGUGGGUCGACGUCGAGACGGACCCCUUCCCGUCCAGCUACACUGCGCCCGUCGCGGCACUUGCUCAGAACCACAUCCACUUCCUCGAUGUUCCGAACGUACCUGCCGGCGAGGCCAAGAUCUUUGUCAUUCACUUCUCAUACUUCCAGCCCGACGCACAGUCGUAUCCCGCCUCGAGCGGCAACUCCUUCCCCGCCGCGCACGGCAAGACGGCCUCGUUCUUCCAGAGCGAGGGCGUGCAGCAGGAGUUCGCGUUCAUCCCCGACGAUGGCUCCGCGACGUACGUGAUUAACGUCGAGAACAACUCGACGACCUCGUACGCGGGCCCGACCUCCAAGGACGCGGGCUCGGUCUACGCUGCGUCGAUCAGCGCGCUCGUGCAGCUCGACAGCUCCGGCAACCUCUACUUCUUCCCGUACACCGAGGGCGACGCCUCUGCGAACACAGCCGCGGCGUGGACGAAGGUCCAGGCUGUCUCGAAGGUUGCGCCCGCGAGCUCGGCCGCUGCGAGUGCGACUGGCGGCCACUCUGGCUCAGGCAGCGCGACGGGCUCCGCGGGUAGCUCGUCGUCGACCGGCACUUCGGGCAACACCAGCGGCGCUCCGGCCGCUGUCAAAGUGAGCCGUGGGUUGGCGGCUGCUGGUGUGCUGGGCAUCGUUGGUUACCUACUCUAAUCCCUGGACGUUGAUAAUACGUCAGGAACCCUCUACUAGUAUGGAGUCCUCUAUUGAUGCACUCUAUGGACCUGUUGUGACGAUCGUAUUGGAUUCUCUCGUCUGUCUGAGUAUUUCGUGGUAUUCCAAAGUGAGGUCGUCGGAGGUCAUAUGCAUGACAUUGACAAGGA